AGUAUAACGUACGUAUUCACGAGGACCUUCUCCUAUACAACGUGGAAAAAGCGUGUAUGAAGCAGCUCGUGCAACGAGGAGUACUGGUAGUGAUCGUGUAGUGCGCCGGCUGGACAAGAGAAACGUGGUGUGACGACAGUGAGAGAGCACGGUAGCGCGUGCGGUGCGUGUCGCGUACACGACGGCUACGAACAAGACUCCGUACGAAUGUGAGGGUACAUGUGAACAUUUGUGUACAUCUUCUCGUGAGAGCAAGUGAGCGAGGUAGUGCGUGCGUGCGUACGCGCGCGCGCUGUGUGUGUGAGGGAGAGAGAGAGAGAGAGAGUGGUGUGUGUGCGUGCGUAUGUAUGUAUGUAUGUGUGUGUGUAUAUAUAUAUUAUACGUUCAUGUAUGAGGGAGACAGAGGAGUGUAUGUGUGUGGAUGAGUGCGUGAGCGUGUAAAUUCUUCGUACGUCCUUGUUCUUUUCGUUGUCGGAGGGACGGUUCGGUAAACGAGGCUGAAGUGACAGACAGACCGUCCGCGUGUACGAUAUGUCGGAACACCACCGCGUAGCCGGUGGCUGGGGUACACCGAGCCCAGGAAGUCGCGAGGAUGGCUCCGGUGGUACCGCCUGGUGGCCUCCGGGUUUAAACACCGUUUCGGCCGAACAACAACAGCAACAACAACAAAAUCUACAUCAGCACCUGAUGAAUCAACAGCAGCAACAACAACAGCUAUCGCAACAACAAGCGCAGCAACAACAGCAUCAUCAGGAUAUCGUUAGGAGUACAGCUGCAGCUGCUGCUACCCAGCAGCUUUUCUCCUACAAGAUGGCCUCCAGCUUUCAGAACCCAGCCACUACGGGCACACAGUCGAAUCCCGUCUCCACGUCUUCGCCGGUUGGCUCCUGCAUGAGGGGAGGCUAUGAUUAUAGAUUAGGAACGGGGCCCGGAUCAGGCGGAGGUGUACCAGGUACACCUUCUGCACCACCGCCUGGCGUACAGUGGUGGUACACAGGUGGAGUUAUGGACGCCGGACAGAACAACCUGCAUCAGCAAUUGCAGGGCCAACAACAGCAGCAGCACCUCUCGCCCAUUACCACACAAACGUCCACGCCCCCCGUUAUGUCCCCGCACCAGUUACAACAGCUAACGCAGCAACAAAAUAAUCUUCAGCAAAAUAACGCUCAGAGCUUGCAACAGCGAGACAAUAUGCCGAGGGGAAAAGAUUCGAAGCCAAGAGGACGGAUGACCGCAUACGCAUUCUUUGUGCAAACAUGUCGCCAGGAACACAAAAAGAAACAUCCAGAGGAGAAAAUUGUUUUUCGAGAAUUCUCCAAAAAGUGUGCAAUGAGGUGGAAGACUAUGUCAGAUAAAGAAAAGAAACGUUUCCAUGAAAUGGCAGAAAAAGAUAAGAAAAGAUACGACGCGGAAAUGCAAAACUAUACACCACCGAAAGGCGAAAGUAAAGGCAGAGGCAAAAAACGUAAACACAUCAAAGAUCAUAAUGCUCCCAAACGAUCUUUAUCUGCCUUCUUCUGGUUUUGUAAUGACGAACGCGGAAAGGUAAAAAUGCUAAAUCCCGAAUUUGGUGUAGGAGAUAUUGCCAAGGAACUUGGUAAGAAAUGGUCAGAUGCAGAUCCUGAAACCAAAUCGAAAUAUGAGGCUAUGGCAGAACAAGAUAAAGCUCGAUAUGAAAGGGAAAUGACUGCGUACAAAAAGAAAAUGAAGGAUGGUGCACCUGUAGUAGCAAAUCCAGUGAAUACCAUAAAAAGUGACAGUGAAGAAGAGUAUAAAGAAGAUGACGAAUAGCGGAUACACGACAAAAUUUCAUCUAUCACCCCGUGUCCUUGAUCCUGAAAGCAUACCUCACCUACUGUACGUACCAUUGACCUUAGCGUGAGCGUACUUACACCACUAGGAAAACAAAUAACUAAUCACCAGUCCCCGAUUAUUUACAAUAAUAAUUAAAUUACCGCGAUUAUAAUAAUUAUUUUAAAAUUGUAUGUAUGAGAGAGAUGCGAGAGAAGAUCGAAUGAGUGACAUUUGUAUUUUAACAUAUUGAUAGUAUCAUGUAAAAUGGAGUAGGAUAGCAGAAUGGAAAGAUAUGGUGCCCACUUUCUAUCAGGUGGAAGGCGCAGGGGCUCAAUCAUUGUUGACAUUGUCUCCAGACUAUGUUGAAAGCUAACAUAGUUAAAAAUCGUGAAACAGGAUACGGCGGCUCCAUAGUUGGGCGGUAUCACUCGAUAUAGUUUGAUAUUUAUCAGUUCAGUUCAUUCGUUGCCAGUUGUAAGAAGACUUAUUGUAUAUCUUUGUACAGAACAUUUCUUUAAAUCAAAUCUGUCGCAGGUGGGGCAUGGGGCUGCUUUGUAUGAAUGUAAUUGAUUUAAGUACGUGUCGUAUAGUUGUAAGUAUUAGGAUAAGUAUAUUUUAAUGCAACUUCGAUUCUACAUCUGCGUCAACAUGUGAUAGUUUCCACUAACAAUGUAUUCUAAACCAGGAGAUUGAGCCUUAUAGCUUAUAAGUAAUUGGAAUCUAAACAAAUAUCUAAUUCACAACUUUUCUAAAUCAAAAAUUGGGACGAUAAAACCCAGCCAUGGAGCAGUGGUAUUUCGAAGUCCUAUAACCAUAUAUAAAGUGAAUAAUUUUUAUUCAUUAGAAAGCUAAGGAUCGAAACCAUUCGAUUUGUUUCAUGAAAUAACUGAUACAAAUUUUACUUUUAUGUUGUCUUAAGAAUUAUUAUAAUCUCAAUUUUUUAUAAUUAUAUAAAAUAAUGAAUUUUUGUUCUUAUCGAAAUCAAUAGACAGUCGUCAAAGACAGACCAAACUAGAAUUGUACUUUGAGUUUUAGCUGAUUCAAGUAGUCCCUGCCCUUACCAUCGCCAUCCUCCCUCUCAUAUUCAUUUUCCAAUAAAGGAAAUACGUUAAAUCCUUUCAGAAUCAUGUGAUUCCGUUCAUUGUUUAAGAAAGUAAGAUAGGACGUGUCUUGUACUGCCUCGAGUCAUCUGGUGUACAGCAGGCUGUAUUAUAAUAAAUUAUUGUGGUUUCUUGUAAUAUUAACAUUCCUAGAUCCUAGUAUGUACAGAUCUUAAUCAUUGAGAUUAGAGCCAACUGUGUAAGAAGCAUACCAAAAAAACAGGCUAGGUAAUGCAGAUGUGAAUUUCGUGGCCAAGAUUGGUAUGCAAAACGAAUAUACAAGAGGCUUUGUUACGGUCAGACUGACUUGCACCUUGAUUUGGCUCAGCAGGUAACCACUACUUUUUGACAUAAAGCUUUUCAUCUCCCCUGCACAUUGUCAUGUAACGGAUAAUUGUAUGAUUAUAUAAGCAAAAACCUGUUUUAGAGGGAGCUAGAGGACGAAUACUGUAAAAUAUGAAAUUGUAAUAUUUUAAUACUGAUUUGCAGAUGUGCAUAAUUUUAACAUAGCUGGUUAAAAUGAAUUGUACUGAUACGAAGGUAUCCAUUUGAUGGAGAUAAAUAAUAAAAACAGAUAUUGAAAAUUACGACAGAAUUUUCUGUAUUAUUAUAGAGGAAUUAUAACAGUUAUAAAAGAAAUGUUUGUUUUGUAUAUCUCUUAGGAUAAAUAAACUUUUCAAAAAAUA